AUGAUUGAUUCGGCUUCGUAUCGCGCCGCAGGGCCAUCGGGAUCCCGCGCUGGACUGCCACAGAGACACCUCGUCUUUCCGGAUCCCAUCGCCUUCAAGUAUCUCGAGACCGAUCCGUGUGUCGAAGUGGUUCAACGACAAAGCGUCCUUCGCGGCUACGACCUGUACAUUGUCGAGCAGUGGGCAUGCUCAAGGCAACCACCGACUCUUGUUAUUGCGACCUAUACCGGCGACGAGAAGGAUUCCAUCGUGGUUGGGGUGUUGGCGGUAUCAACAGACGAGAGCCAGUGGUCCGAACAGGUUCGACUAUAUCUGAAAAAGACGGAGCAAAACCAUGCGCGACCCAAGAAUACCGAGCUUGGGGAGCUCAUGAUUACAAACCUCAGCAAUUUUCCAUCGUCGCUCACGGUCAUCGCUGUGCCCGACGGAGAUUUACGGAAGUACCGACACCUUUUCGUUGUGAACGAGGACUUGAAACGGCUAGGAUGCUCUGGACGGUCUGGCUUGACACUCACAGAACCUACCGAGGCGGCCCAGAGCAAGUUUCAGCAGCUCUAUAGGAUUAGUGACCGCGUUCCCUUCAACCAGGCGGUCACCGAACUUAUCAAACUUUGCCAGGUUGCAUUAUUCAUGUUUGACAAGUUGGAACAGCCUUACAUUGAUGGCCUGCUAUGCGAUGUUACGGAGAGGGCCAUUAACAACUGGUGGACGGAUCUUGGAGCUGAGCAUUACAACUAUGAACCGACCGAUGGGAUUCUAGGGCCGUCGACCGUUGCGGCCCUACUAGGAAUGCUAUUAGGAGCGAGAAACCGACUGCACUGGCAAGGUGCCCCCGUCUCAAAGGAUGUUUUCGACCUCGAAAGCACCAAGCGUGGCAUCUCCUACUUUCAGAAAGCACAAAAACUGGACAAGACACGGCGACUAGAUCAGCAGACGCUCUUUAAACUACAUACAGCAACUACAAAAGCGGCAGUCAAGGAAGACUGGGGCGUGCAAAAAGCUAUCAAAUCGACAGUGACGGAAAUUGGAGGCAAAAGGGGAGAAAUUGUUAUGGAUAUGGUAUCCGGCAAAGACAAGGCUGGUCUUGCAGACAUCGAAACCGUGGAUAUUGAAAAAUUUGCCAGCUUGGUGUAUGGUGAGAGGCCGAAAUGGCUUUGGCAUGGCAAGCCGCGCCGAACUCCCCUCGAGCAGCAUGACCACGACCACGACGUGGGUUUAUCUCCAUCAAAGACCAACACAAACAACCCAGUUGAUAAACGAGCCCACUCCCUACCAGUGGAGGAGGAGCUUGGGAUGAAGCAGAAGGAUGAUUUUCUCUCCCCUGAUGCCGGCAUGGCCCUUCGACCAACAGUUAGUAUGCUGGAGGGCAUUGGGGAAAAGGACGGGCUGCAUAAGACUGUGUUCAAGAGCGUUGCUGGAAAGAUGAGCGACGCUAGAUCAGGUUUUGGACGUCUCAAGGAUGGUGUCAGGGGAAGAGGCCACGGAACCCGUCUAUCAAUAUCAACAAAAGAAGAAGUCUUGGAAAAUGGAAAUGGCUCUGCCAAUGCGCUACAGAGUUUCAGCAUACCUCCGAGCCCUGCCGCCGUAGUGAGCCGAGCAUUUACGUGGAAGACAAAGCCGGAAGAAUAUCUCAGUGCUAUUAAAAGGGGAGAUCCAGACGUCCUACCUGGACUUAUGGCAGAAUCCGCACCUUCGUCAACAGUAGAUCUCAAAGCCGCAAGGCUUCUCGAAUAUGAACGAAAGCCAAGAGAGUCGGACAGAUCGUUAGAAAUUCUUGGCCCAGAUAUGCACGGGAGAGCCCCAUCUGCUGUGCCAUCAACUACCAACGAAAGCGACAUUGAAGUCAUCUGCCCGGGCAUCAGGAAUAGAACCGACUUCCACCAGCUGGCCCUGUCAAGGCGUCAUAGCUGUGGUGACUUUGCAGAGCUACAUUCGAAACGGGUCCUCAAUGAGAACAGAUGGGCACGCCGGAUGUCAUUUGGCGACGCUGAGGAAGCCGUACUAUCAUGGGACGAAAUCAUUGAUAUUAUGGACGAAACAGAUGAUGAGGAGGCCGAGGCCAGAGCAGUAAGCGCUCGCCACCUCGCUCAGCAUAUCGAUAGGAUUGUAUAUGGUAUUGAGCCAUGGAUCAAGGAAAAGAUCAAGCUCGUGCAUCUACUUGACGAGAAAUAUGGCAAGGACAAGGCCGAGAUACAAAAUCUGCAUCAUCAUCUGAGCGAGAUCUAUCAUCGGGUCAAAUACAGCUCCGACGAAUUGCUGGCAGAAGAGCGUGCCAGCCUGACGGAGAGUGUCAAGGAGAUUGAAAUUCUUGUGGCACGCCUCGACUACGAAAUCAAUGCACUGGUGCAAAAAAUCAAUGAUGUUGAAGACGGCAUCAAAAACUUUGAGAGGCAAGUCGAGGACGUUGAGAGACGAGCCGACGAGCUAAGAAAACAGCUUGAGACAGAGAGCUGGCUGCAUUGGUUUGUGAGAACUUUGACCGGUGUGGGCACUGGCCCCAAUAUUACUCGUAAUAUCUGA